UAUGCCUGACUCCGUACUUUUCAAUCGACGUUUUGUUCUCUUCUACCUUUUCGUUGCUGGAACUGCACGACACGUGCGCGAUGACGGGUCGAAUACAUCAUUUCCACUGCCCGCUCGUUGUGUUCCGUAUAGACGGAGGUGGUUACGUCACAACUGAGGAGAACGAAGGGCUAUAUAGUCCAGGCGUACUUACUUAGAUAUUUGGUGACAAUCAACGUAUUGGAACAGGAUUGAAUUCGUUUUUCUAUCUCUGCACAUUUCGUUUUUUCUAUCAUCUAGAAGCUAUUCUACUAUGGCUUCUUUGUAAAUCAUAACCACCUGCAAUAGUACCAAGAUAUCUAUCUAUCUAUAUACUGCCCAUUUGACCUACAUUAGGUCAAGUGGUAACAUCGUACGGGUUGUAUAUAUUGAGAAAACUACGAUUUCACCGCCUUACGGUUCAAAUAAAGUAAUAGGUAGGCAAAAUGCGUCCGACACGCCAUCUCCAUAUCAACCCGUCGCGGCGCAUUCCGCUCCUCCGCGAGCAGAAGAGUCCGGAAGAUGCGCCGCAGAAUCUAAAGGCGAGCAAGAUACACACGCACCCUACAUCCACAUCCACAUCCACACCAGCGCCCUUAUCCGGCGCAGCAAAGCCCGCCGACGCGAGCGUGUACUUCAUCGGCAACGCCACGACCAUCAUCGAAUGGCAGGGGCUCCGGAUCCUCACGGACCCGAACUUCCUGCACGCCGGGGAUCACGUCCAUCUAGGGCCCGGCGUCACAGCGCAGCGGCUGAAGAACCCCGUUGUCGAUCUGCAUGAGCUACCGCCCAUCGACUUAGUGCUGUUAAGCCAUUACCAUGAAGAUCAUUUCGAUAAGCUGGUGGAGGAGAAGCUGAACCGCGAUUUCACUAUUGUUAGUACGCCGCAUGCUAAGGGGUGUUUGACCUCUGAGGCGAAGGUCGGUGGGGAUGGGGCUGGGCCGUUUCGUGCUGUCCACGACAUUGAUACCUUUGAGAGUCUGAUGCUCCAUAUCGACGGUCCGAAACAAGACGGACAUGCGGAGGUCCCCGUGGUGAAAAUUACGGCCAUGCCAGGAGAGCACGUCCCUCCUGGCCCGCUGGCGGCGGCGAACAACCUCCUAGGCGCCGUGCCACCUACCAACGGGUGGCUGGUCGAGAUGGCGUGGCGGCCCAGCGCGACGGAGGUAGAUUCCUCACUGAUCGACCCCGGAUACAGGAUCUACAUCUCGGGGGACACGUUAUUCGUGGACGAACUCAAGGAGAUACCGAAGUUCAUCGAGGAGCAGCAAGAACUGGCGCGGCAACGGCACCCGCACUCGCACUCUGCCGCGAACGACAACACCCGGAUCGAUCUCAUGAUCGUCCACCUGGGCGGGACGACGAUCCCGGGCCCGCAUAUGCCGCUGCUCAUGGUCACGAUGGACGCGAAGCAGGGCGUCGAGCUCAUGAAGUUGCUGAACCCGGACCUGACGAUGCCGGUGCACUUUGAUGACUAUAGCGUGUUUUUGUCGCCGCUGGAGGACUUCAAGACCGAGGUGGCGAAUAUGGGCGAGGAGUGGAGGGAUAGGGUCGUUUAUUUGGAGCGGGGCGAACAGUUCAACUUUGAGGUCCGCGGGGUCGAAAUGAAGAAAGAUGGCCCGCGCUGA